AUGGACGUACUAGCGGCACGCAUGCGCGUGCUCGGCGUCACAAGCACGAAGGACCUGGAUUCAGAGAUACGCAAUAAUCUCUAUGGACUCAAAAAGGUCGGCCGACUCUGGAGUAAGCUGUUGUAUCAGCGACUCGUCGGAGGCGGGUACAUGCGGUGCAUCAGCGACAGCUGCGUAUACUACAGGCGAGUGGAAGCAGAGCUCGUGAUUGCAGGCGUCUACGUCGACGACCUACUUGUCACUAGUACGUCUAGCGUAGUUUUCAAGCGGCUCUUCGACGUGAUGCAGCGCCUCUCGGUCAAAAUCUCGGUCCAGUUGCGAAGUUCCUCGGAACGCGUGUGA